AUGCCUUCUUUGACGCUGCAAGUAAUAUGUGAUGCGAAAAGGAAGUUUCUUGAUGUUUUCACAGGACCACCUAGUAAAAUUCAUGAUGCACGUGUUUUUAAAUUGUCUUUUAUAAGUGCCACUUUGCCAGAUAUAUGUGAGAAUGAAUGGCAUAUAUUAGGCGAUGCUGCCUAUCCUCUUAAAAAAUAUCUUAUUACUCCUUAUAGAGAUUAUGGCAAUUUAACAGAAGAGCAACGAAAUUUCAAUUACAAAUUCGCUGCUUGUCGAGUAAAAAUCGAAAAUGCCAUUGGUUUAUUAAAAGUGCGAUUCAGACAACUAAUUAGAUUAGACUUUCAUACGGUUCAACGGUCCUGUAAAUUUAUCAUAGCUUGUUGUACGCUACAUAAUUUAUGUAUUCUUCAUGAAGAUGAAUUUGAUGAUUUGUUUGAAGAAAUAGACGAACAGUUUCAAAACAUUGAACAUUUUGAAGAAGAGCAUAGAAAUAAUGACAGAGCUGCAG